AUGAAAUUGCCCCAAAAUGUAAAGGUCGGAUCGUGGUUGCCUCAGAACGAUAUUUUAGCUCAUCCAAACGUGAAACUUUUUAUUACUCAUGGGGGUUUGCACAGUAUCGAGGAAGCUGUGUACAAUGCAAAACCGGUGAUUGGCAUACCAUUUUUUGGUGAUCAAUUUUCGAAUAUGAGACUGGUAGAGAAAAUUGGCUAUGGAAAGCUGAUAACUUUUGAUCAACUAACAGAAGAAUCAUUUGGAAAUGCAGUUGAAGAAGUGAUAACAAAUCCAGCGUUUAAAGAUAAGGCAAUGAUCCAGAGUCGGAUGUACAGAGAUCAAUCGAUGAAACCUUUAGAUCGAGCAAUAUACUGGAUAGAGUACGUCAUUCGGAACGAUGGAGCUCAAUACCUAAAAGCUGGUUCUAUAGGACUUAACACUGCACAGUAUUUUUUGUUUGAUGUCACAUUGUUUUUACUUUUACUGACAGCAAUUAUUGUUUGGUUGGGUUACCGUGGAAUAGUUAAAGUUUCAUCAAAAUGUAAAGUAGACUAA